AGUGCCUGCUGAAUCUUUCUUUCGUGCAGAGGAACGGCUCUUAUUGGGACGUGCAAAGAUGAAAAUUGCAGUGAUUGGCCAGAGUCUCUUUGGACAGGAGGUAUACAAAGAAUUGAAGAAUGAAGGCCACAUGAUUGUUGGUGUAUUCACAAUCCCUGACAAAGAUGGAAAAGUAGACCCACUUGCGAUUGAGGCAGAGAAGGAUGGUGUGCCAGUGUUUAAGUUUCCCCGCUGGAGGCUGAAGGGAAAGGCCAUUACAGAAGUGGUAGACCAGUACAAAGCAGUUGGUGCGGAACUGAAUGUUCUACCUUUCUGCUCUCAGUUCAUCCCAAUGGAAGUGAUAGAUCACCCAAAACAUGGUUCCAUCAUUUACCAUCCUUCCCUGCUGCCCAGACACAGAGGUGCCUCUGCCAUUAACUGGACCCUCAUUCAUGGUGAUAAGAAGGGAGGGUUUACUGUUUUCUGGGCAGAUGAUGGACUGGACACAGGACCAAUUCUUUUGCAAAGAGAAUGUGAUGUUGAGCCAAAUGACAACGUAAACAGCAUCUACAAGCGCUUCCUGUUUCCAGAGGGAGUCAAGGGCAUGGUAGAGGCAGUCAGGUUGAUUGCAACAGGGAAAGCUCCAAGAAUCAAGCAACCAGAAGAAGGAGCCACAUAUGAGUGUAUUCAGAAGAAAGAAAAUUCAAAGAUUGACUGGAAUCAACCAGCAGAAGCCAUUCAUAACUGGAUCAGAGGAAAUGACAGAGUACCUGGAGCCUGGGCAGAGAUAGAUGGCAAAAGUGUGUCAUUUUAUGGAUCCACUCUGUUGGAAAAUGAUCAUUUUUCAAGUAAUGGUCAACCUUUGAAAAUCCCUGGAGCAAGUCGAGCUGCCCUGGUUACCAAAAAUGGCCUUGUUCUCUUUGGGAAUGAUGGAAAGAUGUUGCUUGUGAAGAACCUACAGUUUGAGGAUGGGAAGAUGAUUCCUGGCUCCCAAUAUUUUAAAGCUGGUGUCACGUCCACAGUGGAGCUCUCUGAGGAUGAAAAUCGAUUCGCUGAGCAGAUGAGGGUGGUGUGGAAGAGUAUUUUAACUAACGUAGAGAAGAUUGAAGACACUACUGACUUCUUUAAGUCUGGCGCUGCAUCAAUGGACGUAGUCAGGCUGGUGGAAGAGGUCAAGUUGAGGGCAGCACAGUUGCAGUUGCAGAAUGAGGACGUUUACAUGGCGACAAGCUUUCAAGAGUUCAUUCAAAUGUGUGUGAGGAAGUUAAGAGGAGAGGAUGAGGAAGAAGAGUUCAACGUAGACUAUGUAGAAAAGAAACUGAACAAUAUGACAAUUCACAUCCCCCACCAGCUUUUCAUAAAUGGGGAAUUUGUGGAUGCGGAAGGGGGAAAGACCUAUAAGAGCAUUAACCCUACUGACGGACAAGUAAUCUGCGACGUGUCUUUAGCUCAGAUCUCUGAUGUGGAAAAAGCAGUCGCUGCAGCUAAAGAAGCUUUUGAGGAAGGAGAGUGGGGAAAGAUGAACCCCAGAGACAGAGGCAAGCUGCUUUACAAACUGGCAGAUCUGAUGAAGCAGCAUCAAGAAGAGUUGGCUACCAUUGAAAGCAUAGACUCGGGAGCAGUCUAUACUCUUGCCCUCAAAACACACAUUGGCAUGUCUAUCCAGACAUUCAGAUACUUUGCUGGCUGGUGUGACAAGAUUCAGGGCUGCACUAUUCCCAUAAACCAGGCUCGACCUAAUCGAAACCUUACCUUUACCAAGAAAGAGCCCAUUGGUGUGUGCGGCAUUGUAAUUCCAUGGAAUUAUCCACUGAUGAUGCUGGCUUGGAAAACUGCGGCCUGCCUGGCUGCUGGAAAUACUGUAGUUCUUAAACCUGCCCAGGUCACACCUUUGACUGCUCUCAAAUUUGCUGAAUUAACUGCUCUGGCAAAAUUUCCAAAAGGAGUGGUGAACAUACUACCUGGAUCAGGGUCUUUGGUUGGUCAGCGACUUUCUGACCACCCGGAUGUCCGCAAACUGGGCUUCACUGGCUCUACUGAGAUUGGCAAACAUAUCAUGAAAAGUUGCGCAGUCAGCAAUGUGAAAAAGGUUUCUCUUGAGCUCGGAGGGAAAUCUCCUCUCAUCAUCUUUAAUGACUGUGAUCUGGACAAGGCAGUCAGAAUGGGCAUGAGCUCUGUGUUCUUCAAUAAGGGGGAGAACUGCAUUGCAGCAGGGAGACUAUUCAUUGAGGAGUCCAUCCAUGACAUUUUUUUGGAAAGAGUGGUUAGCGAAAUAAGGAAGAUGAAGAUUGGUGAUCCUCUGGACCGUUCCACAGACCACGGUCCCCAAAACCACAAAGCUCAUCUGGACAAACUGGUGGAAUACUGCGAAAAGGGGGUCAAAGAAGGAGCAAAAUUAGUGUGUGGAGGAAAACAAGUGGAGCGUCCAGGUUUCUUCUUUGAACCAACUGUUUUCACUGAUGUGCAGGAUCACAUGUAUAUCGCUGUCGAGGAGUCUUUUGGGCCUGUCAUGAUCAUCUCCAAAUUCAGCAAUGGAGAAGUUGACAAGGUGCUGCAGAGGGCUAAUGCUACAGAAUUUGGCUUAGCAUCAGGUGUGUUUACACGUGACAUUAGUAAGGCUCUCUAUGUGAGUGAAAAGCUUCAGGCUGGCACUGUGUUCAUCAACACGUACAACAAGACGGAUGUAGCAGCUCCUUUUGGUGGCUUCAAACAAUCUGGCUUUGGCAAAGAUUUGGGUCAAGAAGCUCUGAAUGAGUAUCUGAAGACUAAAUGUGUCACAGUGGAAUACUAA